GGGAACUGUGGCCAAUCACUAUAGUGGGCAGGCCACAGGUGAGGCGGCCGUCGAAUGUCCGCGCGCAUGUCUAUGUCCGCUGGCAAUAGCGAGCACAACUCGCAGCUAGAAUAUCUGGCCAAAUGUUCUAGUGGCCGUCGACGAGUGUCGGAGGGCCGGUGUGCGCCCGCGAGGGGGCCUAGACACCGCAAGCCCGAGGCGUUCAAGGGGACGAAACGUCGAAGCCCGCGCAGCCCACCCCGCCGCCUAACGCACACGCAGAAGCCGGUCGGUGACGUACAGAAGCCCGCGCGCAGAACCUGAUCCCAGCACGUCCCCCGAGCAACUGUGGCACGCGAAGCCUCGUCUUACCUCCGAGCGGGCCAGCCUUCUCUACGCCCAUCCGAGUAUAACUCCGACUGCCAUGACGGCCCCAACCCCAACGGUUGUGUGGCAGGGCACGAACCACCGCUCCGGGGCGUGCACACUGCAGCGUCAUAACGUCCGGGAGCAGGUCACAACGCCGAUGCUGGGAGCAGCGCCGUCGCCGUGGCUGCCAUUGGACGGACACGGGUCGCGCCUCGUGGCUCGGAGCGCCCGCUCGUCCGCACGGAGCAGUCAGCGGACCCGCGCGUGUAGCGCAGGCGCGCCUCGGACACUGUCACAUUGUACGUGGACCGACGGCCUGGGCCAUGGCGAAGUGUGGCAUUGUGGUCUCUUUAGGUCGUGGGCAUGUUGGGGAGCGGUGGCCUGAUGUGUGCG